AUGGUCGACAUGGUUAAAAUACUUCGGGAAGCGAGCACGACAACGUUAGGCAGCUCGCCCGUUGCUCGCUGUCAGCUGAACGGCGGUGCGUUCGUGCAAGACUGCCUCGUCACCCACCGAGGUGAGUUGCACCGAAUGCAUGUAUAGAGGCAGUGAGAACUGAACGUCCACUGAUGAAGAUUACGCGUUCUCGGGACCCUUGAGUAGGCUGGCAGUAUGCCGCGUUCUACCUUGACAACCGACCCGGUGUUCGUCAUGUCUGCCUCGCGCGACGACAGCUCCCUUCCGGCGCUUGGGAUAUUAUCACAUUCACGGACUACGACCAGACCGAGGACGAUGGACACAGUACGUCCUGGUCACAGAUCCUCGCUGCCUGACCCGGUCCGAGCUCACGUCGUCACGUGACCGUCCAGACGUCAUCUCGCUCGGCAUCUGCGCAGCCGACGGAUCAAUCCACUUUUCUUUCGAUGCCCACGACACCCCGCUGCACUAUCGCCACUCGCUAGUUGAUCUGACGACUGAUGCAGCGAACUCUCACUGGCGAACUGAAUCCUUCUCGAAAGUACUCGACUGCUUGCCCGGCUUAGAGCAUCUUUCCAAAGCUGAAUAUUUCAAGGCAAGUCUCAGCUGGGUUCCCGCACUUGCGCUGCACCAGAUUUUGACCGUGAUCUAUGUGCUUCCACAGGUUUUGACGUAUCCUCGCUUUGUUUCAGUGAGGGAACCACCUGGUGCGCUUGUAUUCGAGUACCGCAUCGGCAUAUCUGGUCAGCGCCGGCUAGCGAGUCAACUUCGCGACUAUGGCUCUGACUCAUGUGCACCAUUGCUCGAUUUUGAAGGGCUCGGCAGUGAUUUAUUGUGCGUGUAUUCGGGGAAUGUCGAUGACGAAGGCUCAUGGCGGCAUCGAGGGGUGUAUCUGCAAGGCGUGCAAAAUAAUCCGUGCGUCUCAACAACUCACGAGACACUUUUUUGCUUCCCUGCACGGCAAGCUGACGCGCGACUCUCAAUUGGGAAGGUACAUCAACGGGAUUGAUGCGGACGUCAGCGGGGCUUUGCAUGUUUCUUGGACUUACCGAGACUAUGUUCCUGUCACUCUCGAGCAGUCUCGUCAGCAAGCGGGACCUAACGGGCCAGAAAACGUGAGUCAAGCCUCGAACGCGGUCGGGAGGCCUCUAGCAUGCUAUCGGCUUGCUGCACCCAUUCUGAAUGCGCAUCAAAAUUUGUCGGUAGAACCAUGAUUUGUGCUACGCAUACUCUCCCCCGGAAAAGGACGGGACCGGCCCUGGGUUGCGGUGGUAUGCUUCGGACGGUCACCCUAUCGGAAUCUCCAGCUCGAGUCCGAUCUUACCAUCGACCGAGGGUAUUCUGGCGUUCGAUAUACCAAAGUACUCGGGUGAUUCCCAUUCGAAUGUUUGGGAACAACGCAUCAAUAGUUUGCUUAUCCUGCGCUUUCGUUGUUUCGUUGCUGCUUUAUAGGCAUUCUCAAUCAGGAAGCCCAGUGCGUUACACCACGAGGCGGCUUUCAUGCUCUUAAUCGCGAGCUUGUCCGAGGGCUCGAAACCUGGUGCAUAUCCUUACCUCCCGGUUUGCCCAUAAAGAUUAUUUGCGUUCCGCUGACACCCUAUCGGAUCCUGUUCAGGUUCGUAUACUCGCUCAUGGACGGUGAAUGGACAAAAGAGCCUUUACCGAUUCUGCCACCGUCGCCGACGUCCGCUCGUGGGAAGAUCCUAGUCUCAAGAAAGAGCGAACGCCUUCUGGCUCUGCUCCCGCUUGCCCAAGAUCUACUCAUCCUGACCAAAACUGUUCACCGAGGUUGGGAAACGUCCCUCGUUAUUCCCGAUGCUGGGGGUGAGAAAGGAAUGGAGGUACUCUACGAUGUGAGUAUCAUAGGGUGACUCGCUCGUGCGUGUUUACAGGAGCUAUUCUGA